AUGUCCACCGACGCUGUUGCCGACAUCGGUCUCAUUGGCCUCGCGGUCAUGGGCCAGAACCUCAUCCUCAACAUGGCCGACAAGGGCUUCACCGUCUGCGCGUACAACCGCACCGUCUCGAAGGUCGACCACUUCCUCGAGAACGAGGCCAAGGGCAAGUCGAUCGUCGGCGCCCACUCGGUCGAGGAGUUCUGCAAGCAGCUCAAGCGCCCCCGCAAGAUCAUCCUCCUCGUCAAGGCCGGCUCGGCCGUCGACGACUUCAUCAAGCAGCUCGAGCCGUACCUCGAGGAGGGCGACAUCAUCAUCGACGGCGGCAACUCGCACUUCCCCGACUCGAACCGCCGCACCAAGGAGCUCGAGGCCAAGGGCCUCCUCUUCGUCGGCUCGGGCGUCUCGGGCGGCGAGGAGGGCGCGCGCUACGGCCCGUCGCUCAUGCCCGGCGGCUCCAAGGCCGCGUGGCCCCACAUCAAGGAGAUCUUCCAGAAGACGGCCGCCCAGACCGACGGCCAGCCGUGCUGCGACUGGGUCGGCGACGCCGGCGCGGGCCACUACGUCAAGAUGGUCCACAACGGCAUCGAGUACGGCGACAUGCAGCUCAUCACCGAGGCGUACGACAUCCUCAAGCGCGGGUUCGGCAUGGAGGAGAAGGAGAUUGCCGCCGUCUUCGAGACCUGGAACAAGGGCGUCCUCGACUCGUUCCUGAUCGAGAUCACGACGACCAUCCUCAAGUACAACGACGACGACGGCGUCCCCCUCGUCACCAAGAUCCUCGACGCCGCGUCGCAGAAGGGCACCGGCAAGUGGACCGCCACCAACGCGCUCGACCUCGGCAUGCCCGUCACCCUCAUCGGCGAGGCCGUCUUUGCCCGCUGCCUGUCGUCGAUCAAGGAUGAGCGCGUCCGCGCGUCCAAGGUCAUCGGCGGCCCCCAGAUCGAGCCGUUCACGGGCGACAAGAAGCAGUUCAUCGACGACCUCGAGCAGGCCCUGUACGCGUCCAAGAUCAUCUCGUACGCCCAGGGCUUCAUGCUCAUGCGCGAGGCCGCCAAGGAGUACAACUGGACCCUCAACAACGCCGGCAUCGCCCUCAUGUGGCGCGGCGGCUGCAUCAUCCGCUCGGUCUUCCUCGGCGACAUUACCAAGGCCUUCCAGGAGAAGCCCGACCUCGAGAACCUCCUGUUCGACGACUUCUUCAACAAGGCCAUCCACAAGGCGCAGCCCGGCUGGCGCCGCAUCGUCGCGCAGGGCGCCCUGUGGGGAAUCCCGACGCCGGCGUUCUCGACCGCGCUGUCGUUCUUCGACGGCUACCGCACCGAGCGCCUUCCUGCGUCGCUUCUGCAGGCGCAGAGGGACCUCUUUGGAGCCCAUACUUUCCUUCUCCUCCCCGAGUACUGCGGCGACAAGUAUAAGGAGGGCGAGUACGUCCACGUCAACUGGACUGGCCGCGGCGGCAACGUCUCGUCCUCGAGCUACAACGUCUAA